AUGCAAGAACCAAUUGAUAAUUUAGUGCAUCCAAUUUUAUUGAUGGGUUCUCCAGGCCCCUGGCCUCCAUCGAAUCCUAGUCAGCCUCCACCAUCUCCUGGACCUCGUUAUGCCCUGCUGCGUGAGGCAGAUGUGCAGGUCUGCUGCCUCAACCAUGCUAGAACUGUAGUUUCUAAGGUUUUGUCUUCUAGAUUUUUAAGGCGAUGGGAAACACUCAGGCUGAGGUUGAACGAUGCUGAUAUAGAAGCCGAAGAGGGUUCUGGGUUAUUGCAAAAACCUCUGACUUAUGCAUCGAUGCAAGAUGUGUACACAGUCAACAGAUGGGAUGCAACAGGACGAUAUUGUUUGCGGAUUGUAGUUCCCGAAGGAUCAGUAUUAUUACAAGCAGCGAGUAGCUAUGUUCGCGAUCAAUGGUUUCACUCGAUUGUUUGGAAGAAAAACCUGCACAAAUACAAAAGCGUGUUAUCACAAUCCCGUUCACCUGAGAUCAUACUAAAAGAAUUAAAGUGUCUGGUGGAUUUCGCUGCUACCACACCGUUACAAGAUGACUGCAUUAUGAAUGAACCGAUUGCGAUAGUUUCGGAACUUUUGGACCAGCCUGAUCACAUAUGCAGCCGUGCUUCGUUAUUGCGGACAUCCGCACCUUUAUUAGAAGACGCUCCGGCGAGUGCGCCAUUGUGCCGACAUGUCGCCAAGUAUUGUCUGCACCCAUACGAUGAAAUCAGUUCUGAUAGCGAGUCAAGCAACGAUUCGCUAUCAUUUUCCGCUGUGGAUCGAUUGGUGAGGAGGAUACUGAAACAUGGAGCUGAUUAUUCGACGUCACCGCAUGCGAGGGAUUUAGUUCGAGAUUAUCUUGCAGCCAUAGGAGGAGGUGUUGGAGGUCGAGAACGAUUAGCUGCUUUUGUUGAAAGUGUUCACGGGCCAGGAAGUGCUUGUCCCCAUCCAAGAGUUUUGCCAAAUCUGGCCUCCGUCUGUUUUGCAGGAAUAACGGCACGUUUAGAAGAACUCGACCACGAACCAGUAAAAAUCAACGGUCAUAAAAUUGAAAACUCACCAGCAACCGAUUUCUCUGGAGAUUCUGUGAGCGAAAAAUCAUGUGAUACGGUAGACAACUUGAAUAAAAUCAACAAAGCAGAACCUUUGAUCCUAAUACCUACAUCCGAUGUCAACCUGAUUGAUUUAGAAGAACAGCAAAACAUUAAAAACGAAGCAUUAAAUAAUCUUAAUUCCAAGAGUGAUGCAGAAGAUCAAAAAAAGACUGAUGCAGAAAUCGUAGACGUAGAUCAAGAUUCUUGUAAAGAGAACGAAAGCAAUUCUUCACAAUUGAACGCGGAAGAUGCAGAUGAAUCGAAAACAUUGCCUAAAAGUGAUUUAGAAGUAGACGAAGAUAAUUCUCACAGUCCGACCAAAGAUACAAAACCGAGCACAAUUUUAGAACAUAUAGUAUUAAAUAAUAAAGCACUUAUUGAUAAUACCACAAAAGUAUUAAAUGAAACCAAGCAAGUCUUAAUGCAGGGUCUGAGAACGCAAAGAUUGAUGGAUCAAUCGAGGGAGCAUUUAAUAGGUAAUGUAGAUGAAGAAGAAGAUGUUAGUACGGAAGAUACGGGGAGUUACAGAACCUGUCUAGAAAUCGAAUAUGGACCAGAUUGUGAAGAAAUAUCACUUCUCGAAAGCAAUAUGGAAGUUAUCGACGCACAAAUUCAAAUAUUUGCCACAGUUUUAGAACUCAUAUCUAGCCAUAGUUCCUGGUUGCCCUACCUUGCCUCUCUGUUGCAACCACUGCCAUUCCCUGCCAAGGCGAUGACUUCGCCUGGUUUCCUUCGAGCCAUGGCUCCGACGGUGCGUCGUUUGGCAACCAGCAGGCAAUGUGAAGUUCAUCGAACGCUAAUGCCUGUCAGACCCACCAAGAAAGGCUGGUUAGAUCUCUACUGUCCAGUGACGGGAGAAUAUAACAUGUGUCCGGACGGCGGAAAAGUCUGGUGUCUAAUGCUUUCUACGUUGCUUGGCUGCUGCGGCAGGCGCAAGCGUUUCUUGCUGCAGCAUCUGAUACCUAAACGUUUAGAAGAUUGCUUCCGACUAGCUAGUCAGCCAUGGGCCGGAUCCGUGCGUCUAGUUUUAGCUUUGGUGAUUGAAUGGGACCUUUUGGGCCAGAUGGCCUGA